GUAAUAUUUGAGAAUGGAGGGGGAGAAAGCACCCUUGAUAUUUGGAAGCCUUUGAACAACACGCCGGCGCCGGUGUACGCAUUAUUUAUCGUGUCUCUCGCUACUACGCGGAUUUGUCAGUGCACCGUGCAGCUCCAAGCAGAUCCGUGCGCGAUGGAAGCCGAAUCAAAGAUGGGGGCGCCGGUCACCGACGUGGAGAAGCAGCAGCCGUUACUGGCGGUGGCGGCGGCAGGCGAGAAGGAGCCGUCGUCCGGAGACGCCUGCGGCUGCGGGGCGUUCCCCCGCGCCUCGCCGACGGCGACGCGGACGCUGGCACUGGUGGUCCUGGUGGCCGGCGCCGCCUUCGCCGCGCAGCUGGCGGCGCGCGAGGAGUACGUGCUCCUCGCCGUCUUCGCGUCGCAGCUCGCCAGCUUCUGCGUGUUCACGUCGCUGCUGGCGCUGUGCGCGCUCCCGGAGGGCGGCGGCGUCCCCGGGCGGCGCGCGAGGUGGGCGGCGAGGGCGGGCGCGCAGGUGCUGCAGUGGUCGCUCGCCAUGGCGGUGCCCACGAGCAUGGCGUGCUGGGUGCUCCAGAGCGCGCCGGCCCUCGUCGGGGCCGCGCUGGUGGGGCUCGCCCUGGCCGUCGUCCUCGCCUGCUACGCCGAGCUGGUGCGCGCCCUGUGGCCGCCUGUGCAGGGACCUCGCUGACACCGAAGGGCCUCUUCAGAAUUUUGGCAUAUAGCAUGUUCAGACUUCGAUUGGCCGAUAGAGCCUGUCUCAGCUGAAGAAGGAUUAAAAGAUAGCACAUAAAAAUUCCCUUAUGCAAAACACAAAAUCACUCAAGAGAUGAAGGAUCAAACGGCACAUGUACGCAGUUCUGGAUACAGAGGGCGCGUUUGCCAUGUUGUUGGCAUUGUUCAGGCAAUGAGACAGUGAUGGCCAUCAGCCAAGCUGAAACGGUGCCUCUGGUUAUAUCAGUGGAAGUUCAUUUGAUGUGAAGUCAUGAGGCAUUUCGAUCUCUUCAGUGGACGCCUGAAAACUCCAUGGUGCGUGCGACCCAUCAGCAUAGCAGAUGCUAGGCAGCAGGGUCUCCUCAUAGCCUCCUCCCAAAGCCUCAAACGCUUUGGGCUUUGGCACGUUAUCACCUGGCCGAAAGAAGAGGGUGUCUGUCCAGAUCACUCCCAUCCAGUGACAGUCCGUCCACUAACGUCCUAUGCCAAGAAAUGACCAAUCCUUGGGAGGAAACAUGAUUUCCAGAAUCGAAGGCUUGAUUGAUGCAAUGCUGCUAGAUGCUAUGGUAGCAAUGAGAUGAGCAACAGGGCAGUGAGCCAAACGUGUAGGCGACCCUGAGAAAGUUCGCCCAUGCUGAUCAGCUCUUCUUCCUCCUUUUCCCCGUCAGAGAUCAUGCCACUCAUGACCCACGCAUGUAUCAUGUACUCCUGCGCGUAUCUACUUGCAACAACUUGCAGGGAAGCUGUUGGUGUACAGCACUCGAUUUCGCCAUCAAGCCAUGAUUCCUUGCGUUGUGGGUGUCUGCGUUUGUGUUUCGUCUGAUACACACGUACUGCAUCUUUUAUUUUCCCCUUGUGUUGCUCCAUUCUCUCCUUUCUGUAAAGUUGGU